CUUACCAAGAAGCUCAACGUGCGACGGCUUCGAGGGUCCGACCCGUAGUCUCAAAACUAAACCACCCACUCCAUAUGUGGAUGAACGGAUGAGCAUGCCAUCCCGGAUACGGCGGGCGUCGUAUCUCGAAAAUCACCCCGCCCUCGUGCUUGUGAUCCUUCUCCUGUGGGAGCCGUUCACCACCUCUCUCUACCUCUGGGAGUCGAUCAAGCGUCACAUCCAGGAGUUCUGGCAGGCUCAUUACAUCGCGCCCAAAGAACAAGCAGCGCCACGAGAGAAUCAUGUCUUCUUUCGCGGGACGAUCAACCGGCCGCUCACGCCGCCUCUAGAAAGGCCCCGCCGAGUAGGCUCGCUGCUUAAGCCGAAGCGACAGCAGACGCACAUGCAGGAGCAAUCUAUCCUGUUCAGUCUGCCUCCCGAAUUGCGCGUUCUCAUUUGGAAGGAGGUGCUUUCCGGCUACUGUGCAUAUCCAAUAGACAAGCAAAACUGGUGCUUCCUCCAGCGUAAAAUGAUUGAUCGGAAUACCAGACACAUUGCAUGGAGCCUGUCUCAGCCAAGUCCGAAACUUUUCGACGAAAAGAACGGGUUCACUGCGAAAACACACCUGCUGGCACUACCGCUUAGCUGCAGACGAAUAUACUACGAAACCAUAGAUCUGCUCUACUCAUCAAACAUCUUCCAUUUCCGAUCCGGCAGCGGCCUCCUUGGGAUCGAAAAGCAGCGCGUCUUCGUCGGCCUCUCGUGGCCAGCACGUCCGGAAUUCGCCUGGCGAGUCUUGCCGCAACGAUUCAAUCACAUCCGCUGCAUGAUUCUUCAGCACGAGGUCUACUACUCGCCUAUACCGAGCCAAUUCCUGCAAGGGUGGUUUCAACUAUGUCGGUCUCUGGGCGAUCUGCCGUCUUUACGUGCCCUUCGCAUCGAGCUUGAUCCGCGGCCAGGCUUGCAACACCAACUGGCUGUCUUUGGCUUUGCAAACCCCAUCCCAGAACCGAAGAUGCCCGACACCGUGUACAUGCCUCUGUGCAGUUUGCGACAUUUAGACAUAUUCGACGUAGUCGUAUUCUGUACGGAAGGCGAGGCUUUGCCCGUGCCCUCGUUCACUGACUUGCCUUUCCGAUUAGCGAUCGCACAGUAUCCCAUACCUAGGCUACGGCGGAGGCGUGCAUCGCAAGUUUAUCAUCAUCAACAUGGAGAUCCACGUCUCCUUGAUUCUGAAAGAUGGAUGAGGGACGCGCUGGGCAUGCUCAAGGCAAGCUUGAUAUGACUUGAUUAAGCGGAACAAGGAUAGAUCGCUCUUGGUCCUUUGCUUCUUCGUAGUUUUCAACCUAACCUGGCUUUUUCCGGGUCCUGUAAUUUUGUGUGCAUUUCAGGGUACAGCAUAAUCAUGACAACAUCUUCUUCAAUCCUAGAUCUUAGCCGCAAUAAUCAACUUGGGAUAGAAGCUUGCAGAGCGACUAUCGAAAACCUGAGUUCUUUACAC